CAUAUUUAAUACAUCAGAAGCUAGCUAGCAUUAGCUGUUUACAAGCCCAAACUUUUAACUUGAGACGGAAACCUAAAGCAAGCCCUCAACUUAAUCGAAAAUGAAUGUCAUAGAUCAUGUACGGGAUAUGGCUUCCGCCGGCCUUCACUCUAAUGUCCGGAUAUUGAGCAGUUUGUUGCUAACGAUGAGUAAUAACAACCCGGAGCUGUUCUCUCCAGCCCAGAAGUACCAGUUGUUGGUCUACCAUGCUGAUGCCAUCUUUCAUGAUAAAGAAUAUCGUAAUGCUGCCUGCAAGUACAGCAUGGCACUGCAACAAAAAAAGGUGCUUAGCAAAACAUCUAAAGUUCGCACGUCUACCGGUGGAGCUGCGUCUAACAUACAGGCACAGACUUUGCCCUCAGAAAUUGAGGUGAAGUACAAGAUCGCUGAAUGCUACACCAUUUUGAAACUGGAUAAAGAUGCCAUUGCAGUGCUCGAUGGGAUCCCAUCCAGACAGAGGACACCAAAGAUCAACAUGAUGCUAGCCAACCUGUACAGGAAAGCUGGGCAGGAGCGUUCUGCAGUGACAAGCUACAAAGAGGUCCUCAGACAGUGUCCCCUCGCUCUUGAUGCAAUCAUUGGUCUUCUCUCUUUAUCAGUCAAAGGAGCUGAAGUGGCAUCCAUGACUAUGGAUGUGAUCCAGAGCAUCCCCAACCUGGACUGGCUCUCUGUUUGGAUCAAAGCUUAUGCCUUCAUACAUGCAGGAGACAAUCAAAGAGCCAUCAACACUAUAUGCUCUCUUGAGAAGAAGUCCCUGUUGCGGGACAACGUGGACCUCCUGGUAAGCUUGGCAGAUGUCUACUUCAGGGCAGGUGACACCAAGAAUGCCAUCCUCAAAUUUGAACAAGCCCAGAUGCUGGACCCAUACCUCAUCAAAGGAAUGGAUGUUUAUGGCUACCUGAUGGCCCGGGAAGGACACCUGGAGGAUGUUGAAGUCCUGGGAGGACGAUUAUUCAAUAUCUCAGACCAGCAUGCAGAACCCUGGGUGAUCUCUGGUUGUCACAGCUUUUAUAGCAAGCGUUACUCCAGAGCCCUCUACCUAGGAGCAAAGGCCAUCCAGCUGAACAGCAACAGCGUACAGGCUCUCCUCCUGAAGGGGGCAGCACUAAGAAACAUGGGUCGUGUCCAAGAAGCCAUCAUCCAUUUCAGGGAGGCUAUGCGCUUGGCUCCCUGCAGACUCGACUGCUAUGAAGGUCUGAUUGACUGUUACCUGGCAUCCAAUGGGAUUCGGGAGGCUAUGGGAAUGGCCAAUAACAUUUAUAAGACUCUGGGGGCCAAUGCUCAAACUCUGACCAUCCUUGCCACAGUGUGUCUGGAAGACCCAGUGACUCAGGAGAAAGCCAAAACCCUGCUGGACAAAGCACUGGCCCAGAGACCCGACUACACCAAGGCUGUGGUCAAAAAGGCUGAACUGCUCAGUCGUGAACAGAAAUACGAAGAAGGGAUUGCUCUCCUGCGGAACGCCCUGGCCAAUCAGAGUGAUUGUGUCCUGCACAGAAUGCUGGGAGAUUUCCUGGUGGCUGUCAACGAUUACCAAGAAGCCAUGGAUCAGUACAGCAUAGCGCUAAGCCUGGAUCCCAAUGACCAGAAGUCUUUAGAAGGCAUGCAGAAGAUGGAGAAGGAAGAGAGUCCCACAGACGCCACGGUGGAGCUGGACGGCGAUGACAUGGAGGGCAGCGGAGAGGACGGAGAUCUGGAGGGCAGCGACAGUGAAGCGGCACAGUGGGCUGAUCAGGAACAGUGGUUUGGCAUGCAGUGACCCUGGCCACAUAAGGAUACACAGUCGCCCCCACCUUCUAACACCGCGGCCUGUGGGAAGCGUCCAGCCAUCAGGGUCGUCAAACAGGACAAGGUGGCCUUUGAUGCUAUUUUCCCAACAUUCUGACAGCAGCUGUCCAAUACAGUCUUACAGGAGCAGCAGAUUCUCAACCCCAGAGUAAAUCAAGCUGUGUUGUUCUACACCUUGAUUGCUCAGUAUUUGUGAAAAUUCAGUAAUAUCUCUGACUCUACUUUGGCUGUUUCUAAAGCACUUCUUUGCUGGCAAUCAGUUGCUACCUGAGUAAAUGCAUCACUGUCCCAGGAGUGUCAGUGUAUUAAAAAAAGACCUGCUUUGGAUCCUUCCUGAGGUUGAGUUGUUUAGUAUACUGGAGAGCUGUUGCCAGGCAAGAUUUGUACAGAGGAAAUGUAGACAGAGGCCAUUGUCAGAAUAAAAUGGUGUGACGGGAAAUUUUGUUCAGGCUAAGUAAUAUCUGGAGUAAUCCUUCACAUGUGUCAAAAGAGGGACUGGGAUUUUUAAAUUUGUAUUUCAUUUGAGCCUGACUGAAACUUGUUUGCCGCAGAGAGGGCAAGGUGUGGAUCACAAUGAAGGUUGUGAAUAUGCUACCACUUUGUGUCUCGGACAGGUGAACAGGUGGUCUGUGAAAAAGUGACUAUGUACCAUAUAUCCGCUGCUCUUUAAAAUAUAUCAUCUUAAUUUGAAUGGUCACAUGAGAAUGUGUCAUGUAAUGUACAUGAUAAUCACUUGGUGUGUGUGCUGUCUGAUAAGUCGGCUUUUCUGUUUCAAAAAAUAACCCUACGAUUGACUCAAGUGCUUAACCAUUUCAAGAUAAAUGUUUAUAGUAUUUUGUACAGAUUUUUAAAGUGUAUAAUAAAAUUAUUAAACACUCUCACUUGA